AUGACUAGCGCCUGUGUGAACUGCCUGAAAUCUCUGGUGACAGCUCUGCACUUCCUCUGCUGGCUAAGCAACGCCUUUGUGGUGGCCUUUGGUGAAUUCAUGAUGAUGCACUCCAGGUUUGGCUCUCUAGUCACCUCCUUCUGGCCAAUCUACCCUGCCAACACUCUGGUGGUCACUGGUACCAUUGCUACCUGUGUGUGCUACUUGGGAGUGGUUGGAGGCAUGAGGGAGAACCGCUGCAUGCUCAUAAGCUUUUAUGUCCUGCUGUCCUUCCUGAUAUCUGUGGAGCUGGCUAUGGCCUGUGUGUUUUUUGUCUACAACAGAGAGAUUGGCACAUACUUUGAGAAAGAUCUGAUGCACAGCUUGGAGGUCUACAAGAUAUCGGGUCCAGGAGAAAAUCAGACACUCAAAGAUGACUUUGAUGCCAUCCAGUAUCUGUUUAAGUGCUGUGGAGUCCACGGUGUGGCAGACUGGGGGGGAAAUGUCCCAAUAUCCUGUUGUACUCUGGACCCUUGUAACGUCACUGACCAGCCCAACUGGCAAGAGGGUUGUGUUGGGAAACUGCAGGACUGGUUUGCCAAAAACUACCUAAGCACAGCGGCAGGAGUGGUCUCCAUGUUUAUCUUACAGUUUCUUUGCAUGUCUAUCACCCUCCCUCUCUUUUGCUGCUUUGCUGUACGUGGACAGGGUUACUGAAAAAGGUCCAGAGGAACUCUACCUGCAAUUCACAGAUACUUUCCACAUGUCAAGACGAUGCUUUUCCCUAUCUCAGCUUUUUAUUAAUCUGUUCCGAACACCAAAAAACCCACUGCUAUUUCCAUCCGUCAAAAAGGGAGCUAGCUGAUUAUCGCCAUUAAGAAUGUCAUAUGAGGUGACAGAUCAUUAAAUGUGAUACGGAGACGUGUAAUUGGAUAAAAAGUGAUGACAUGAUUGUGUUAGCACUAUUCCAACCCUGUAGGAUGUCAAGACAUUUUCUCCCCGUGAGUGCUGGGUGUUCACCACUUCCUUGUAUGUUAGACUUGAGAUAGACAAAAACCAUAGCAAAAGGACUCAAAAUCUUGUAGGUAGUGUAGUGGUUUUUAGUACUGACAUUUCACCCUCUCUUCUGUAAGAAUUAGCCAACACCACCUGUCUUAGAAAUGUCCUGCUUCUCUUCUAACUAAAGUCCUGGCUAACGUCACAUCCUGGUGUUUUUAAAGUGAAUCUGAGCAUCUUCCAUCUUCUACUGUUAUCAGCUCAG